CGCAAUAGUAUACAAAGCUGUGGUGAAGUAUCCAUACACAAUAGAAAGGCAUAUUAAAUGCACGUAGCACCCAACAGAAACAUAAUCUGAACCGUUUUAAAUAGUUAAAUAUCGGUAAGUUGAUACUAGUUCAUUAUGGUACGUUCUCGCAAGCUGAAGAUGGCGUCCAUUUGGGACGAGCCCACUCUACUGGAGGAGCUCAAUGAGUUGUACGUCAAACAGCCCGAAAUUCUCGCGGCCAAGAUACACAAGCACUUGCUGACCACUGAAGGCAUCACUGACCUCACAUCAGUAGCCACCAUUCAGGACAUGCCUAAAGGUGUGUCUGAGAUGGUUGUAUCGAAGUUUACUCUCAUGACCACUACUGUAGUGGAGGCAGUGACCUCGGGCGAUAAUGCCGUGACUAAGCUGGUCAUACAGCUACAAGACGGGCUCAAGGUAGAGACGGUUAUCAUUAGACACGGUGCUGUCACUGCACACAACCCUCACGGCGAGAAGCGAACCACUUUGUGUGUGUCUUCGCAGGUGGGGUGCAAGAUGGGAUGUACGUUCUGCGCGACUGGAACUAUGGGCGAGAUAGGAGAUUUGUGUGCGGGUGAGAUCCUAGAGCAGCUGAUACAUGCCAGACAAUGGGCCGAAGUGAGCAACAUAGUGUUUAUGGGUAUGGGAGAACCUUUCAAUAACUACAAGCAGGUGGUUUCGGCUGUGAACUGUAUGAUUGAUGGUCGAAGGUUCAAGAUCGCACCCAAACGGGUUACCGUGUCGACUGUGGGUGUGAUCCCUAAGAUAUACGCGUUUAUCGAGGAUUUGCCUAUGUGCAACCUUGCGUUGUCUCUGCAUGCGCCUGUACAAGAACAGCGGAUGACUAUUGUACCAUCGGCCAAGGCCUUUAAGUUGCCUGCGUUGAUGGAGGCCAUGGACGAGUAUAUCAAGCGUACAAGACGAACGGUGCUGAUUGAGUAUGUGUUGUUGGCUGGUAUUAAUGAUGACGUAGAGACUGCGCACAACCUCGGCAAGCUGCUACAGCCGCGUAAAGACAACGUGACUAUCAAUUUGAUUCCUUACAAUACCACUAAUGUGUCAGAUCCCUACAAACCCCCGGCGUAUCCCACAAUCCAAGCGUAUAUUGAUAUCGUCAUGGGUGAAUAUGGUUGCUACGCAACUGUCAGGAAGGAGAUGGGUGGUGACAUUGCGGGUGCGUGUGGUCAAUUAGUUGUAUCGAAAGAGGAGCAGAAAAGCGCCCCCGUGACUACACUAGUUGUCGACCUGGAGGAUAUGAUGGGAAAGGCCCCUAAAAAGACCUCCGGAGCAGCUAAAUUCGGCGGUGAGAAUGCGCCCCACCAGUCAGGCGCUAUUUGGCCCACAAAUCAGACGAACAAGAAGAAACAGAAGAGGACUGCCGGAGUACCAGAAAAACGCAAAGAGUCACUUUUAGUAACAAAGAACGCGAGCGGUGGGGUGUGCAAAGCUUUGACAGCUGUGUUGGUCGGUGUGGCUUCCGUGGGCUUAGGCGUAGCUCUGUACGGUGGUGGUGAGUUAUAGGUUGUAUAGCAAUCGUUUAUCGCAAAAUAGGACACUCAUAUAUAAGGAUAUACUGUAUUUAAGUUCAUAUUACUAAGGGUUAGUAAAAUUCUAGGUUGUGUAGCCAAUUAUAUUAAAAUUUAGGUCGAUUUUAUUAGUAUUUCAGCCUGCUUUUGAGGCGACACGCAAUAAGUAAAUUUCCAC